UCCUGCCUCCACCUGUCUCCACCCACCACCGCCACUGCCGCCUGUUACACGCUUAUUUUACCCUUCACAUUAUAACUCCUUCCUUUAUAUAAUAGGGUCACAAAUCAUACACCUCCCCAUUGGCCAUUGCAUUCUCAGCGGUUCUCUCUGAAUUCCUCUUGCCCAGGAAUUUGGGGAGAAGUAUCAAAGUUAACAUAUUUGGGGAAAACUGAAAAGGAUGGAUUUGACUGUGAUAUUGAUGGUUAGCACCACAUCGGUUCUUCUUCUGUCCUCUCCCUCAGCCUACUAUGCUCAGGCUGCUGCAUCCCCAAGCCCUACUCCGACCCCGGCCCCGGGCCCGGCACCCGAUUUCGUGAACCUUACAGAUUUACUCUCAGUAGCUGGCCCAUUCCACAGCUUCCUCAAUUACCUCGAGUCCACCAAAGUCCUUGAAACUCUCCAAAAUCAGGCAAACAACACUGAGGAAGGCAUUACCCUCUUUGUACCCAAAGACAAUGCCUUCUCCUCUCUUAGAAAGCCUCUCUCCAAUCUCACCCAAGACCAGCUCAAGUCACUCUGCCUCUUCCAUGCCUUGCCACACUACUACAGUCUAGCAGACUUUAGGAACCUCAGCCAAGUAGGCCCUGUUAGCACAAUGGCUGGGGGCCAGUACUCCCUCAAUUUCACCGAUGUCUCUGGCACCGUGCACCUCAGUUCGGGGUGGACGAACACAAAAGUGAGCAGUGCCGUGCAUUCGACUGAUCCUGUCGCGAUUUAUCAGGUUGAUAAGGUCCUCCUUCCAGAGGCAAUCUUCGGCACUGACAUUCCUCCAACCCCUGCACCGGCACCAUCUCCUGACAAUAUUGCCCCGACCGCAGAUGCUGAGGUUGAAAAGGGUAAGAGCGGAUCAUCGGCUCCAACAUCUACCCCUGAUUCUUCGUCUUACAGGAUUGUCAGCUUGGGUGCUUGGAGCCAGAUGGUUUUGGCAAUUUCAGGUGGUCUGGUCGUGUUCUUGUAGGAAACAGGUUCUACUUGGUAUUUAAUUUAUGUUCAGAGGACAUAAUGAUUCAUUUUCUUUCAAUUGCAAGCCAUUUUUUUUGUUUUUUGAUGAUCUCUGUCUUUAGUACAGAGUCUGAGAUUGUGAUUUACUGUGUUGUAAUUACCUUUCUUUAGUCAAUUGACAAGUUGUUUGCUGUAAUUUACUUC